AGGUGGUAGUGGGGUAGUUGGCGGGUGGUUGAGUAGAGCCGGUCGCCAUGUCCGCGGGGAGCGCGACGCAUCCUGGAGCCGGCGGGCGCCGCAGCAAAUGGGACCAGCCAGCUCCAUCCCCCCUGCUCUUCCUCCCCCCAGCUGCCCCAGGUGGCGAGGUCCCCAGCAGCGGGGGGAGCCCCGGGGGCGCCACAGCUGCUCCCUCAGGAGCCUUGGAUGCCGCUGCUGCGGUGGCUGCCAAGAUCAAUGCCAUGCUCAUGGCCAAAGGGAAGCUGAAACCAACUCCGAAUGCUGCCGAGAAGCUUCAAGCCCCUGGCAAAGGCCUCACCAGCAAUAAAAGCAAAGAUGACCUGGUGGUGGCUGAAGUUGAGAUCAAUGAUGUGCCUCUCACGUGCAGAAACCUGCUGACUCGAGGACAGACUCAAGAUGAGAUCAGCCGACUUAGUGGGGCUGCAGUAUCAACUCGAGGGAGGUUCAUGACGACGGAGGAGAAGGCCAAAGUGGGACCAGGGGAUCGUCCAUUAUAUCUUCAUGUUCAGGGACAGACAAGGGAAUUAGUGGACAGAGCUGUAAACCGAAUCAAAGAAAUUAUCACCAAUGGAGUGGUAAAAGCUGCUACGGGGACAAGCCCAACUUUCAAUGGUGCAACAGUCACUGUCUAUCACCAGCCAGCUCCCAUUGCACAGCUGUCUCCAGCUGUUAGCCAGAAACCUCCUUUCCAGUCAGGGAUGCAUUAUGUUCAAGAUAAAUUAUUUGUGGGUCUAGAACAUGCUGUGCCCACUUUUAAUGUCAAAGAGAAGGUGGAAGGUCCAGGCUGCUCUUAUUUGCAGCAUAUUCAGAUUGAAACGGGUGCCAAGGUUUUUCUACGGGGCAAAGGUUCGGGCUGCAUUGAGCCAGCAUCUGGUCGGGAAGCUUUUGAACCUAUGUAUAUUUAUAUCAGUCAUCCCAAACCAGAAGGCCUGGCUGCUGCUAAGAAGCUCUGUGAGAAUCUCUUACAAACAGUUCAUGCUGAAUACUCUAGAUUUGUGAAUCAGAUUAAUACUGCCGUACCUUUACCAGGCUAUACACAACCCUCUGCUAUAAGUAGUGUCCCUCCUCAACCACCAUAUUAUCCAUCCAAUGGCUAUCAGUCUGGUUACCCUGUUGUUCCCCCUCCUCAGCAGCCAGUUCAACCUCCCUACGGAGUACCAAGCAUAGUGCCACCAGCUGUUUCAUUGGCACCUGGAGUCUUGCCAGCAUUACCUACUGGAGUACCACCUGUGCCAACACAAUACCCGAUUACACAAGUGCAGCCUCCAGCUAGCACUGGACAGAGUCCAAUGAGUGGUCCUUUCAUUCCUGCUGCUCCUGUCAAAACUGCCUUGCCUGCUGGCCCCCAGCCCCAGCCCCAGCCCCCACUCCCAGCUCAGCCUCAGGCACAAAAGAGACGAUUCACAGAGGAGCUACCAGAUGAACGCGAAUCUGGACUUCUUGGAUACCAGCAUGGACCCAUUCAUAUGACUAAUUUAGGUACAGGCUUCUCCAGUCAGAAUGAGAUUGAAGGUGCAGGAUCGAAGCCGGCAAGUUCCUCAGGCAAAGAGAGAGAGAGGGACAGGCAGUUGAUGCCUCCACCAGCCUUUCCAGUGACUGGAAUAAAAACAGAAUCUGAUGGAAGGAAUGGAUCUGGGACCUUAACAGGGAGCCACGAUUAUCCAGCCAAGAAGAUGAAAACUACAGAGAAGGGAUUUGGCUUGGUGGCUUAUGCUGCAGAUUCAUCUGAUGAAGAGGAGGAGCAUGGAGGUCAUAAAAAUGCAAGUAAUUUUCCGCAGGGCUGGAGUUUGGGAUAUCAGUACCCUUCGUCACAACCACGCGCUAAACAACAGAUGCCAUUCUGGAUGGCGCCAUAGGAAGCAGUGGAAUGGAGUUUUGACCCUCGGUGACUCUUCUUAGCAAUAAUGCAUGCAUUUGAUUUAACAAGACUCUGGGGCCUGUACUGGGAACCAUCUUGGACCUUUGCAGAAGUUAGAGAUGCAGUGUCCCCUCUGUUGAAAGAAUUCCAUUUUUUAAAAAAAAAUUCAGCUGUGGCAUAACAUCUGUUAAAAUCUACCUAGAAUCACAAAUUUGUCUCAGAAGCUUUCUAACAGUUGUUGAAAUGUGCUUGUCCAACAAAGCAUCAGGGUCAUUCCCAAAUACAUUUGCCCUGGUCCAGCGUUUUCCAAAUGAAUAAGCCCAAUUCUGAUGUCAAGAAAGUUUUGUUUGUAUUUUACUACUGUUUGGUCGAUUUUGAUAAUAACUGGUUACAAACAAAGCCUUACUAUUUAUUAGUGGGGAAAUGAUUUUAAGACCAUCUUUUCCUUUCAUUACUUAAUUCCAGAAGAUCCUCCUUCCUAUUUCGUUUUUCUGUUUUGGGAAAUGCUAGCUGGAUCCUGAAUAGGGAAAUGGAAGUUAUUUUUUCAUUGUGACUUUUUAAUCGGGGUGAUCCGGAGUUGGCCCCUUCAGGCGCAUGUGUCAGAGAGCCAUUGUAUUUUUAUUGCCCUUCUAAGCUCCUGUUUUCAGCUGAGUCAGAGAAAACUACUUGACUAAGAGCUGGUCAGAACUCGCCACAAAUACAAAACACAGUGGUCUGUCUCUCUGGGAACUGGUUGCGGCUGAGGAGAGAGUGGCUGCUCAGUAGGAUGGUGGACUCAGUGACUGGAAUUGCUUCAUGUCCUUUUUCUUGGCAUUACAGGUUUUGCCAAAAGAACUUUUUUGUAUCAAAUAUUGAUGUGUGAAAGUGAAGGAGCUAGUCUGCCGAACCAGGAGUAGUUUGAGAUACUGAACUGUCAUUUUUGCACAUUUGAAUACUUUACAGGCUGGCUUUGUAUAAACUUAUCCUCUGGUUUCCUAUAUGUUGUAAAUAUUUAGACCACAAUUUCAUUAUAAAUAAAUGUAUAAAUAUUC